AUGAGUCAAGCAAGUCCGCCAUCAAAUCGCCCGGCCAUCCCAAGAAGUCAGCCUCAAACUUUGACUCAAACUCAAGGAAAUCAACCAACCCAACAACCCGCGGGCAAAAACAACACCGGCCAGAGGAGGAAUGCGGGGCGUCAACCCGGCUUGCAAGGCUACUCCCACAAGGACUCCACCGCUCUUGUGGAGAUUCUCGUAAUGGUCGAACCCCCCGCGACUGUGAACCAUUGA